AUGGCUUCCGCGCAAGACCAGGCUGUUGCGCCUGCGAACAACAACGAUUACCUUGUGCAGUCGGACGACCCAGAGCACCCGGCAAACCUGAUCCCGGAAUUGUGCCGCAAGUUCUACAACUGGGGAUGGGUGACGGGCACGGGCGGUGGUACCUCAAUUCGCCACGGUGAUCAUAUCUUCAUUGCGCCUUCCGGGGUCCAGAAGGAGCUCAUGAAGUCGGAGAACAUCUUCGUCCUCCAAUGGCCCACCAAAAAGUACCCCGCAGAGGAGCGCAACUAUAUCCGUCGUCCGCUGAAACUGAACCCGUCCGCCUGCACUCCGCUCUUCCUGACGGCGUUUGAACAUGGUGCUGGCUGCUGUAUUCACACCCACUCGCAAUGGGCCGUCCUGGUGACCCUGCUGGUGGAGCGCGAGAAGGGUCCCGAUGCCUGCUUCGAGAUCAGCACCAUUGAGCAGAUCAAGGGCAUCCCCCGUGGUAAGGGGAAGGGUAUGCUGGGAUACCACGACACCCUCCGCAUUCCCAUUAUCGAGAACACGGCAUUCGAGGAGGAUCUGACCAGUGGUCUGGAGGCGGCUAUGAACAAGUACCCGGACACCUACGCCGUCCUUGUUCGCCGACAUGGAAUCUAUGUCUGGGGUGACAAUGUCGCCAAGGCGAAGACUCAGUGCGAAAGUCUCGACUAUCUCUUCCAGCUGGCCGUCGAGAUGCACAAGUUGGGCCUUCCAUGGGUCAAGUAG